AUGAUGGGCGUUUUCUCAGCCGUUGCGGCCAGGGCUGGAAUCAAGGACCCAACCACCCAACCAAACGAUCCAGGAACCCAGGAAGAAAAUGAAGAGGCCAGCGACGAAGAGGUUUUAGACGAGGAGCCAAAACACAUGCUCCUGGCAUUGAUCUCACAGCUCAGAGUCGGAAUGGACCUUCACAAAGUCACCCUUCCCACGUUUGUAUUGGAGCCCAGAAGCAUGCUCGAACGGAUUACAGAUUUCUUAAGUCAUCCUGAUCUCAUCUUCGGUGUCAGUCAGCAAGAAGAUCCCACCGAAAGAUUCAUCCAGGUCUUGCGCUACUAUCUCGCUGGAUGGCACAUCAAACCCAAAGGCGUCAAAAAACCAUAUAAUCCGAUCCUAGGAGAAUUUUUUAGAUGUAGAUAUGAAUACCCAGACGGAAGUCAAGGUUUUUACAUCGCAGAACAAGUCUCCCAUCACCCCCCAAUCUCAGCAUUCUAUUACGUCUCUCCGACCAAUCAAAUCGAAAUUUGGGGGGAUUUACGACCCAAAAGUAAAUUCCUCGGGAACAGCGCGGCGACGAUCAUGGAGGGCGUCAGUCACCUAAGGUUUGUCGACCGGGAGGAAGACGGACAUUACCAAAUCACGAUGCCCAACAUGUAUGCACGCGGGAUUUUGUUUGGGAAGAUGAUCUUGGAACUAGGAGACGAGUCGCGUGUUCAAACCGCGGCUAAUGACAUUUAUUGCGAUGUGGAGUUCAAGACCAAAGGUUUUUUCGGCGGAGAUUAUAAUGCGAUCGGGGGCCGAGUUCGAGAUCAGACUGGGAUAGUUGGUGAGAUCUCUGGCAAGUGGAAUGAGGUGAUGGAGCUGAAGAGGACCAAGGGCAAGACAGAAACAAUCUUUGAUGCCUCGAAAGCAACAGUAACUCAAAAGAUCGUCCAGCCCGAGCAAGAUCAGGACUGGAACGAGUCCCGAAGACUCUGGUCGAAAGUCACCCGGGCGAUCAAGAAGAAGGACCUUGAUGCGGCUACCCUGGCGAAGACCGCUAUCGAAGACUUUCAGAGAGACCGCGCCCGGCUGCGCGAGGAAAAGGAAGAGAAAUGGGAACCGGUGUUUUUUGAGUUGAGAGAUGAAGACGAAUGGAAACCGAAAUUCACAUUGCCUGAAGACAAGCAAGAAAGAAUCAAAGCGGUCGAGAAGUUUAUCUUCGACUACCAUUCGACACCGCCACCAGACAACCCGACCGACCAAGCCUCCUCAGCCCCGCCCCCCACAUCCCCCACCCAGACACAUUGCCCCAAGCCCGAUCGACGCAGCUCUACAACCGCCAGCUCCCCUCCUCCGGCUGCCGCUAAAAAUCUGGACCAGUCUGCGUCCGGUUGA